AUGCCAUACGUAAAGGAAGUGGAGUCGUUUAUAGAGCGUCUGGCCAAUUUACUAAGCACAUAUCCAACCACACGGCUCAGUAUCACCUACAGCAAUGUGUCGAAGAAACAUCGCACCACCACAAGAAGCCUGAGUGCUACGCACCGAGUCACCUUCAAAUGCUUUGAGCCCGCCAGUGGGAAAUGUCUCAAGUUCCGUACGUCCAAGGUCAAGGAGUUCAGUCGGUUGAUGACGUUUGUUGGGCCUCGUGGAGUUAACCAUGACACAGUGAACGGUCUAGGAUUGGCUCUGGUUAUGGCCAACGCAAGAUUUGAGGGAACUCCUGUGGAAGUAAAAGAAUCGACUCCAGUAGUGUUGCCGGAACCAUCUGGUGUUUCAAAGACCAAGAAGAAGAAGAAGGGAAGAAAAUGA